CUCGGUUGAGGUGAAUCCUCUUAAAGGUGGAUUACUGGACUAAGAUGGCCACGUCCAGAGGGAAAGAGGAAGAUGUAGAAUGAAAACAUGGAGAGAACGCCUCUGCUCGGUAGCAGAAGAUGGUGUGCAGCUGUGGGGACCAGGAGCAGAGCCUCACAUCAUGAAGCAGAGCGCCUCUCGUCUCCUGGACCGUCUCACUGACUAGCACUGGAGCAAGAAUGCUUUUCCUCCCAUUUUCCAUCCCUUUGAGCUCGAGAGUGUGUUCUGCUCUCUGUUUCCUGAGCUCGCUGCUCUUUGAGGUCAGAGCAGACAACCUGAACUCUUCUGCUGCACGUGCAGGUGGAGGGUCUCAGUGUGGAGAGUACACAAACCAGCUGAUGGAGGAUGGGAUGUGCCAUUUGGUGGCCUCUCUGCCUCAGCAGGAUGAACGCAGAUGUCCAGAUUUGUUUCGCUGCACAGACGAGGUCUCCUACUGGCUGGGUGAGAACGAGCAGAGGAAGCGGCAGAUUGUGGGUCUGAAGGAGACCAUCUCUGAGCUGCAGGAGGAACUCCGAAACCACUGGCAUCGCAUCAAAGUCCUGGAGCUGCAGAGUGAAGAGAAGACAGACCUGAACGUCUCUUUGGAGCAGCGGUUCCAUGAGCUGGAGGUUCGUUACACUGAAAGCACCUCCCUGCUGCAGCUACAGGGAUCCCUGAUCCUGGACCUGCAGAACCAGCUCCAUAAUCUGACCCUUUCAGUGGACAAAGUCAACAGAAACCCCGGCUGUUCCAUCAACGUCGUCCGUCCCAAUCCUCUCCUCAACACCCAGGAAGCCCGACACCCAGCAGAGAUCCAGCAUGUGGGCAACUGUCCCAUUGACUGCGCCUCCAUCCACUACAGCGGGGUGAGGAGAUCAGGCCUCUACACCGUGGUGCCAUUGGUGGUCGGCAUGCCUGUGGAGGUUUACUGUGACAUGGACACAGAUGGUGGUGGCUGGACUGUGAUCCAACGGCGGAUCGACGGCUCAGUGAGCUUUGACCGAAACUGGAGGGAUUACAGAGACGGAUUUGGCGAUCUGCACUCAGAGUUCUGGUUGGGCAACAACCACAUCCAUGACCUUAGCACCCAGGGAGACUACAGCCUCCGCAUCGACCUGGAGGACUGGAGCGUCCAGCACAAGCACGCUGUUUACCAGAGCUUCAGUGUGGAGGAUGAGGAUCAUCAGUACCGUCUCCACGUGUCUGGCUUCAGCGGGACAGCGCAGGACUCCUUCAGCUGGUAUCAUGACAAGCAGGGCUUCAGCACGCCGGACAGUGGCAACAUCUGUGCUGAGAUCUCACAUGGGGGCUGGUGGUACAACCAGUGCUUCUACGCCAAUCUCAAUGGAGUCUACUACCGGGGAGGUCCUUACACCCCUAAAGGAAGAGGGCCACUGGGUCCAGAUGGGAUCGUCUGGUACUCCUGGAAAGACUCAGAUUAUUACUCUCUACGGAAAGUCAGUAUGAUGAUCCGACCGCGUAGCUUCCACUCACAUAUGUCGCCCUGAAUUAUUGUAACCAUGACAAGAGAGUGGAGACAGGAAGUAGCGUCCCUCAUAUGAGUGAGGGUGAGAUUCUGAGACGAGAGCAUGCUAGUGGUGCAUCUAAUGGGACUCCCUCUGUGUGGGAACAGAAAUGGACUUUGGAAACAAACUUUAUGCUGUAGUGUCCAUUUCUUUCAGUCAUGGAAAAUGAAUUUAUUUUUAUACAGCUUUUUACAGCUUGUUAGUUUGAUGCUCUUACAGUAAUAAGUACACAGGGAUAGGUGUUUAUCUGUUGAAGCUAAUGCUUACUAAGUAAAAGGCACUUAAGUACAAAUUACUAUAACUAAGACAAAUCAGUCAUAUGUAUUUAGCAAUUUGCUCUCUCUUUACCACCGCUCAAGUAUAUACAAGCAAAUUUCCAAGUACUAUGUACUGGUUUGGCUUAGUUACUUGUAUUUGAGUGCAUUUUACUUCUAAAAAUUAAUAGCUCCAACACUUACCUACCAACCUAUUACUCAA